AUGCUAUUUAGCCCCGCCGUCAGCGAGGCGGAGGUACGGGCGGUGCAGGACGGCGUCGCAAACGACGUCCGCGGCGACGGGCGGACGCUGACGCAGCGGCGUUCGUUCAGCAUCCGCAGAGGCCACGGCGCGGGGGUCUCGCUGGUGGACGUGGAGUACGACGGCAGCUGUGUGGAGGUGCAGUGCGGCGGCACCACCGUCGUGGCCGCCGCAGCCCCGUCCGUCGUCGAGGUGGGCGCCGAGGCGGGGAGGGCGCGCGGCCCACUGUUCGUCAGCAUCGACGCCGUGCCCGCCGUGGUGGACUACCACGCCCAGGCGCUGCGUAACCGCGGUGCCCGCUACCGCCACGCGUUUCUCUCGUUUGUGGCCACAACCAUUCGCCAGACUUUCGGCGCGGAGGAGGUGACGGUGCGGGAACAGUUGGGCGUGGCGGAGGCGGAGCGCGUCGACGAGGACGAGGACGAGGACGAGGACGCCGCGGCGACGGAGGGACCUCUCGGCGGCGGCGCGGCCGGCGGGCGGCAGCACGGCAAACUCCUCGGGGAGGACGGGGCCGGGUUUCCCGGCGAGGACCUGUACAUCGGCGGCGGCUACGCAUUCCGCACCGACGUGGACGUGCACGUGCUGCAAACAAACGGCGGGAACCUUCCCUCCGUCAUCUCCCUCGCGGUGCACGCCGCACUCAAGGCGAUGCGGCUGCCGUGCGUCACCCUGCACGAGGCCUCUGGCGGUGUCUCGCUGGAGGUGGACCGCAGCAAACCCUUCCGCCGCCCCGUGGACUGGUCGCGGCUGCCCGUGCUGGCUGUCCUGCUGAUAUCCCCCACGCGGCACUACGUCGUGGACCCCACCCCCAUGGAGGAGCUGGCGCUGCCGCAGCAACUGCACCUGGCCGUGAACGCAGCAGGGCAAGUGUGCUACUUGCGCUACCAGCAACUCCCGUCCCGCCGCGGAAAUGCAUGGCGGCUGGGGGCGGGCGACGCGGUGGAGCCGCUUCUUCCUACUGGAAUGAACGUGCCGGAUUUGACCGCCGUGCUGCGUGAGGUACCGUACAUUUGCCAGGCGAUCAUCUCUGAGUGUGACGAGGCCCUUCAUAAAAGCGAGUAA